AUGAACAGGACACAUACUUCAGAAAUAAAAAUCCUGGGGUUUGGAAACCUUCAAGAUUUUAGGUAUUUUAUAUUCUUUAUAUUCUUAAUCAUCUACCUGGUGACCAUAACUGGAAAUGCUGUUAUCAUUUUAUUGGUGUCAACUAAUUAUCGCCUUCAAUCACCAAUGUUCAUCUUCUUGGGUAACUUGUCCUUCUCCGAUGUCCUUCUAACCACAAACAUUGUUCCUAGCAUGCUCCAAGUAACAUUAUUGGGGGUUAGCACUGUGCCCCUUAGAAGUUGUAUUGCACAGUAUUUAGUGUAUGGAGGUUCAGCAUGCAUGGAGUGUCUUCUGCUCACGGUUAUGUCUUAUGACCGAUAUCUGGCCAUAUGUAAGCCCUUGCACUACACCACAAUUAUGGAUCUUAAGCUUUGUUUAUAUCUGGUUUUAUGUUCCUGGUUAUUGGGAUUUACUUCAACACUCAUCCCAGUAUUGAUCAUGCAAACCUUGUGGUUCUGUGGUCCCGAUGUGAUUGACCAUUUUUUCUGUGAUUUUCUUCCUCUCUUGAAAUUAUCUUGCUCAGAUGUAUCUGUAGCAAAGUAUGUGGUGUUUGCCCUAUCCAGUCUAGUGACAGUUCUACCAUUUGGGUUCAUCACCUUCACAUAUGUUUGUAUUUUUUUGACCAUCUUGAGGAUUACUUCGGUCACUGGAAAACAGAAAACCUUCUCUACUUGUAGUUCCCACCUUACCGUUGUAUGCACUUAUUAUGGGGCACUGUUUGCCAUGUAUGUAGUACCCUCAGGACAGCAAUCUUUGGCCAUGAAAAAGGUGGUUUCACUGUUGUACACUGUGGUCACCCCACUACUGAACCCCAUAAUCUACAGCUUGAGAAACCAAGAGAUCAAGUUGGCCAUACAGAAAUACCUAUCAGUCUGCAAGACAAGCUAUAUAAAUUGA